CGUCUCCGGACGCGGAGGGCGACGAGCAGCUGUCUAGGAUCUCUGGCGGUAUUGCUUUGCUUCAGAGUGUUAGCUCGAGACGUCACGAUCUUUCCGGCUCCCUUUCAAGUCCGCUAAGCUCUAACCGGAACUCCUUCACCUCCUGGGUCCGGAGCAUUGGUAGAGGGAUAUUAUGGCCCUUCGGAUCCUCGCGCCCAUUCAUUUUGCAAACAUUCACGGCAGAGAUGAGUCAACUCCGGCCCUUACCCUAAAGGAAGGAGUUCCCAGACUAGCCAGGUGGACUUGCAGAGGAGGUGGACGACAAAGUUCUUCAUGCUGCUUUUAUCCCUUUUGGAGACAUCACAGAUAUUCAGAUUCCUCUGGAUUAUGAAACAGAAAAGCACCGAGGAUUUGCUUUUGUUGAAUUUGAGUUGGCAGAGGAUGCUGCAGCAGCUAUCGACAACAUGUCUUUUCAGAAUGAAUCUGAGCUCUUUGGGCGGACAAUUCGUGUCAAUUUGGCCAAACCAAUGAGGAUUAAGGAAGGCUCUUCCAGACCAGUUUGGUCAGAUGAUGACUGGUUGAAGAAGUUUUCUGGGAAGACUCUUGAAGAGAAUAAAGAGGAAGAAGGGUCAGAGCCUCCCAAAGUGGAAACUCAGGAGGGAGAGCCCACUGCAAAAAAGGCCCGGUCGAAUCCUCAGGUGUACAUGGACAUCAAGAUUGGGAACAAGCCAGCCGGCCGCAUCCAGAUGCUCCUGCGUUCAGACGUCGUUCCCAUGACAGCAGAGAACUUCCGUUGCCUGUGCACCCACGAGAAGGGCUUUGGCUUCAAGGGGAGCAGCUUCCACCGCAUCAUCCCCCAGUUCAUGUGCCAGGGCGGCGAUUUCACAAACCACAAUGGCACCGGGGGCAAGUCCAUCUACGGGAAGAAGUUUGAUGACGAAAACUUUAUCCUCAAACACACGGGACCAGGCCUGCUCUCCAUGGCCAACUCCGGCCCAAACACCAACGGCUCCCAGUUCUUCCUGACGUGUGACAAGACGGAUUGGCUGGAUGGCAAGCACGUGGUGUUUGGAGAGGUCACGGAAGGCCUGGAUGUCUUGCGGCAGAUUGAGGCCCAGGGCAGCAAGGACGGGAAGCCAAAGCAGAAGGUGAUCAUCUCCGACUGUGGGGAGUACGUGUGACAGGCGCUUUCUCUGCGCUGCCACUGUGUAUCCAGGAGCUGUCAGCCCUGGAGGACCAGCGCCUGAGGGUGUCCCGUGUGCAACAAGCAGGGUUUGUGUCAUGGCCCUUCCUCGGGGUCAGCGUGAGCAGCUCCUCUGCAGGCACGGCCUGGGCUUGCUCUGGGCCCUUUCCCAAGCGUGGCCAUGGGCCUGGGAGCUGGCACAGGUGCCACUGUCCCCACCGUGGACCGCUGUGUGUGGCCUUUUGCAGGCCUUUGCUGCCAGGGCCUCUCCUGGGCCCACCAGUGUGGCUCCCGGAAGCUUCUUCUUGUAAAAUAAAUCCUAGUUCUUAUACUGC